UUGCUUCUCCUCCUGCCUGGUCACAGACCCGAAACGUAAAAACAGCUGGGCUGGUUUGCCUUGAAAUCAGCAUCGAUGCAGGCAGUCCUCGGGCUGCAAGGUGUCAGCAAGCACCCUGCGGACAGCAGUCUGCCGAGUGGGUCUGACCAGCACUGAGCCCUGCCGCUAAAACGUGAAGGCUUCACAGAGUACUGAAAUGUCUGAAAUGAGUGGAGAAGAAGCUGGGUGUUGCAGCAAGGCGAUCACAGAAUCAGUAAGGUUGGAAAGAGCUCGAAGAUCAUUGGGUCCAACCACCUGCCUGCCACCACUGCCGCCCACUGAACCACGUCCCUAAGCACACAGCACGUCUGCCCUUCCCUUAAACACCUCCAGGGGUGACUCCACCACUUCCCUGGGCGCCCCGUUCCAGUGCCUUACUGCUCUUUCUGAGAAGAAAUUUUUAACAUCCAACCUGAGUAAAGUACAAAUGUGUCUGGAGUAAACACUGCUACACCCCUCUACACCCCUUUCUGACUGGGUGGAAUGGAAAUUGGGGUUCUGGAAAAAUAAGACGAGCAAAGUGAUUGUUUUCUACGAAGUGGCUCUCCCUAGGGAAGCACAAAGUGAAGCCGGUCCUGCAUCGCCAGUUUGCCUUCGUCAGACGGAGAUUUCUGCCCAUGGAUAAUGGAGAUGGAGAGCGCAGAACAUGGAGCGAAGCCACCUUUUUCUCCAGGCCAGCAGCACGAGAUCCUGGCCUCGUCCUCUUCAGUUCCCGAGGAGGAUGGAGGUGUCUACAGCUUCUUCUGCCCAUGGAGCAGCCUGCAUGGUCCCGGGGAGGAACCCGACUGCGUGUCCCCGGGGAAGGACUCCUCACCUGUCCCCGGGGCAGCCUGCGGGCACCAGCCGGGUGGUGUCAGCCUCAUGGAGGGCCACGUGUGGCACAGAGGGGGCAGCAGAAAUGAGAAUGAAUCGCCCAGAAGUGGUCAAGUGCUGGCUUUUAAUGCACAUUCUCAGGCAAAGCACAGGCGUGUGCUCGAGGAGAGUGAAAUGGAUGCCGAGUGGCAGCUCGAGUCGCUCUGGGCAGCGCUGAGGACUGAGCAGGGCAUCCUGGACGGGGAGGAAGAUGAGGAUGAUGUUUUCCUUCCUUCUCCUGGGCAAACGGCAACGUGGCCCGGCUGGCAGUGUUUCUCGCUGCUAGAAGAUAAAAAAGAUGCAGAAAUCGAAGCCAAGAAAGCUUGCGACUGGCUGCGAGCGGCAGGAUUCCCGCAGUAUGCGCAGCUCUAUGAAGACUCGCUGUUCCCGCUUGACAUCGGCGCUGUGAAGAGAGACCACAGCUUCCUGGACCAGGACUCCCUCAAAUCCCUCUGCAGGAGGCUGAUGACCCUGAACACAUGUGCCUCCAUGAAGCUGGAAGUCCACUUUCAGCGUAAACAGAAUGAAGACUCUGAGGAAGAGGACCUGUGUGCCAUCAGCAACCGGUGGGCUUUCCAGCGGGAAAGCAAGAGGUGGUCCCGCGUGGGCUCCGUCGACGUCCUCUCCCAGGCCUCCGAGGUGCCCAACUGCGCCAUGCGGCAGGCGUCCAGCCGCGAGAGCGUCCUCACCGACCUCAGCACCAACCUGGAGGCCGUGUCCCUGCACAGCAGCGUCAGCACGGGCAGCACGAGCGGCACCCCCGGCAUCGUGGUCACACCGCCCGAGCCGUCCCCUGCCCGUGAUGCUGCCGCCGUCACCCAGCCCGGCCGCAGCUCCAGCGCCCGCUCCUUGGUGGAGCCGCCCUCCGGCCGCGAGGGCCCCAAGGAGAAGCUGAAGAAGCGAAGGUCUCGCAGCUUUCUGAAGAGGAUCGAGUCCCUGCGAAGGAAGGACAAAGAGAAAGCUGGCCCGGAUGAGAAGGGCGUCCCGAGCAGUGGUGGCAUGGCCAAACCGGGCUGGGACUCCACCAAGAGCAACGGGGACCUCACGGCCACCAAGGGCAGCUCCCCUAAAAGAGGGGCUGCUGCCUCCUUCCACAGCAAGAAGCACUUCUUCUCGGUGUCGUACAGGACUAACCGCCUGCUAGGCUCGGGCAGGGGCAAGGGGAGCCCGGAGUCGAAGCGCACCGGGGUCUACCUGGAGGACUACGAGGCGGCCGUGGGCGCCGGCAGCACCUGGGCUGCUGGGGAGCGCCAGCCCCGGCCGGCGUGCCGGGGGGAUUGCCUGGUCUACGUUCCCAGGGACCACAAGCCGGGCACCUUCCCCAAAUCCCUCUCCAUCGAGAGCCUGUGCCCCCUGGGCAGCAGCUCCCUGACCGGCUGGAAGGCGGGGGGCGAGCCCUGGGGGGCUGGCGGCCGCCGUGGCUCCUGCAGCUCCCUGGGCAGCCGGGUGAGCGUGUACGACAACGUGCCCGAGCUCAGCAGCACCGAGGAGCUCGCCAAGUUGGACGGGGAGGUGACCUACCAGAACCUGGACGACAUCCUGCAGCACAUGUGGGGGCUGCAGCAGAAAGUGGAGCUCUGGUACAAGGCCAUCUCCCCCAGCCUGGACGGGGAGGACGGGGGCGAGGAGGAGGAGGAGGAGGAGGAGGAAGAGGAGACGGACUCGGGCGGGGAGCCCACCUUCCCCUCCAACCUGCACUUCGAGGAGCGCUCCAUGUCCGACGUCGGCACCUCUGCCAGCGACUUCGACAGCACGGGCAACUCCCUCAACGAGGCCGAGGAGCUGGAGAUGCGGGAGCGCCGCGACUCGGGCGUGGGAGCCUCGCUCACCAGGCCCUGCAGAAAGCUGCGCUGGCACAGCUUCCAGAACUCCCACCGGCCCAGCCUGAACUCUGCCUCGCUGGAGAUCAACCGCCAGUCCUCGGCACAGCUCAACCUGCUGCAGAAGUGCUCCCUGCUGCGGCUCACGGCCAUCAUGGAGAAGUACUCCGUGCCACACAAACAAGCCUGGACGUGGACUGUGCCCAAGUUCAUGAAGCGGAGCAAAGCCCCCGACUACAGGGACAAGGCGGUGUUCGGGGUGCCGCCCAUCAUCAACGUGCAGAGGACGGGGCAGCCGCUGCCGCAGAGCAUCCAGCAGGCGAUGCGCUACCUCCGCAGCCAGUGCCUGGACCAGGUCGGCAUUUUCCGUAAAUCGGGGGUGAAGUCCCGGAUCCAGGCGCUGCGGCACAUGAACGAAACCAGCCCCGACAACGUCAACUACAAGGGGCAGUCUGCGUACGACGUGGCCGACCUGCUGAAGCAAUAUUUCCGGGACCUGCCGGAGCCCAUCUUCACCAGCAAGCUGACCGACACCUUCCUGCAGAUCUACCAGUUCGUGCCGAAGGAGCAGCGGCUGCAGGCGGUGCAGGCUGCCAUCAUCCUGAUGCCGGACGAGAACCGCGAGGUGCUGCAGACCCUGCUCUACUUCCUCAGCGACAUCGCCUCGGCCGAGGAGAACCAGAUGACCGCCGGCAACCUGGCCGUGUGCCUGGCGCCCUCCCUCUUCCACCUCAACGUGUCCAAGAAGGAGAGCACCUCGCCGAGGGCCAUGCACAGGAGGGGCACCGUGGGGAAACCCGACCAGAAGGACCUGAACGAGAACAUGGCUGCGACGCAGGGGCUGUCCCACAUGAUCACCGACUGCAAGAAGCUCUUCCAGGUCUCCCACGACAUUCUGCUCCAGCUGAGCAGCUCCUAUAUGGCAGCCGAUGCUUACCCCCAUCCCCUGGCUGACUUUGUGUGUCAGGGGGAAAGCAAGGAUUUACACUCCUACUUUGAGCAGAGCGUCCAGAACCUGCUCAAAGAGUCAUCGGAGAAAUUCAAGGGGUGGCUGAGCACCCCAGGACCCCUGAACACGGAGCUCUCCUGCAAAAAGGUUGGGGACGGGCACCCUCUGCGCCUGUGGAAGGUCUCCACGGAGGUCGAGGCGCCUCCCUCGCUGGUGCUGCACCGGGUGCUCCGGGAGCGGCACCUGUGGGACGAGGACCUGCUGCAGAGCAAAGUGGUGGAGGCCCUGGACAAGGACAUGGAGGUUUAUCACUACGUGACAGACAGCAUGGCCCCCCACCCGCGCAGGGACUGCGUGGUGCUCAGGCGCUGGCGCACGGACCUGCCGCGGGGAGCCUGCCUGCUCAUCUCCAUCUCGGUGGACCACGACAAGCUGCAGGUGGAAGGCGGCGUCAAAGCCGUGGUGCUGACGUCCCAGUACCUCAUGGAGCCCAGCGGCAUGGGGCGCUCCAAGGUGACGCACAUCUGCAGGGCUGACCUCAGGGGCCGGUCUCCGGAGUGGUACAACAAGGUCUUCGGGCACCUCUGCGCCAUGGAGCUGGCGAGGAUCCGAGAUUCCUUCCCAGCACUGAGCCCAAACGGCCCCGAGACCAAGAUCUGAGGAGCUGGGAAGCUGCUGUGUCCCGUCGGACCGCGGACUCACCAGUCAGCUGGGCUGGGGCAGGCGCAGGGGAGCGCGGAGCUGGCAUCCAGCUGCGCGGGGGCACCCCCAGGCACAUAUUUAUAAGCUUCCUUUUAACCUGGGCCGGGGCCCCCCUCUGGAGAGCCAUGGGCUGCUGCAGCCAUGCAGGGGGCCUUCACUCCUCCUGCCGUGGGGCUCUGCCACCACCCCUUCAGGGGCAGGGGCAGCUGCCCCCCCCCACCGUCCCCGCUGCUGCCCCUUCCCCAGCGCGGAGAGGCGAAGCCCUGCACCACAGGGGGUCUGCGGGUGGGAUGGGCGAGCGAGGUGCUGCUCAGCCACGGGAAGGAGAGGGGGCUCGGGGUGACCCCCAGGAGGAAGGCAGCCGGCCCAGGGUGAGCUGGGUCCCCCCGUGAGGCUCAGCUCCCCCAGGCCAGGCAUGGUGGUGGAGGUGUGGGGCGAAGCAGGAGCAAGAAGGGGAGAUGUGAGGGGGGGGGGACAGGGCCACGGCCGUAGGUCAUGGCGCUGUGUUGGGAAGUGAGGGGUGGGCAGUGAGGGGUGGGCGUGCGUGGGUUGGCACCCGGCAGGGGUCAGGCAGGGGGGCAGGCUGGGGCUGUGCUGAAGGAUGCUGUGAUGGGAGGGAACGGUGUGGAGAUAUUACAGAGCCAGGUAGGGACAGCCAGCGCCGAGGGGCAGAAGGAAGCCCUUGCUGUCACCUCUGGUGCCCAGUUUCCUAGGAGGUGAAGGAGAAAGCUCUCUAGUUCUAGUCCAGUGCCGUGUUAGCUGCCUUGCUCAGCUGGAAGCCCCCCUGUGCACUGGGGGCUGGAUGGACGCGGUUCCAAGCCACGUCCCAUCCCUCCAACCUGUUGUACCGGGCAGCUGGAAGGAGCAGGACAGGGCUGGGAACCCAGAGCAGCCACCGAGAAGCUGGUGACGGGGGGAGCGCGCUGAGGAGGCACCGCGGGGACAAGGGAUGUGCCCAGCCCUCGUGGGGCUGAGACUCACCCUGGGUUUGGGCAACCACAGGGCACGGAGCUGCCCCUGCCUCUGUGCCCAGCACUCCCUCAGCUCCCACCUCGUCCCUUCCUUUCCUCCUCCCCGAGGAGCCGUCCGACCUCGCUGCCAGCACUCGGACCUGACCUGGUUUCUCCGUUUCGGCAGGGACCCAAGUUACUCGACGUCGUUCCAACUGGAAGGCAACACGACCCACGUGCGGGAGCAAUUCCCCAUGCCAGUUUUGCCAUAACAAAUCCUGUCUGUCUCGUGGUGAAAAAAACAACCCAGUCUAUUCUUGUUUUUAUAUAUAUAUAUUUUAUAUAUAUAUAAAAAUAUAACUAACUCUUUUGAGGGAGUGAUUUUUCUCCUAAUAUUUUUUUAAAAUUUCUUUUUUUUUCUACCUAUAAAUACUUGUACAGUUGGAAUAUUAAUAUAUAACUCCGGCGGUAGAGCUCGGCGCCAGGCGAUGUUCACUUCAAAGCCGUGUUUUGUAUUUAAGGGACUGCUCCUCGUUUUGUAUCAUAUGCAACAGGAUGUUUGACUUGGAUGGGGGCUGCUCUUCCCGUCCGUGUAAUUAAUAAAGUACUAACGAUA